AUGUCUUCAUCUGAUAUCCCGUCUUCCUGUCGUGCUGUCGUCAUCGAGAAAGCCGGUGCGCCAUGGACUAUUAAAGAAGUCCCCAUCUCUGCACCCAAGGCGGGCGAGGUUCUGGUCAAAGUGCUUGCCUGUGGCAUCUGCCACUCUGAUAGCUUCCUCCAACAGGGCCAUCUGGGUGAAAACGUCUUCCCUCGCAUCCCAGGACAUGAAGUCAUUGGAAAGGUAGUGGCAGUUGGUGAUGGUGAAAAGAAGUGGAAGGUUGGAGACCGAGUGGGCGGAGGAUGGCAUGGUGCACACGACGGUGCGUGUAAGGCAUGCAACAAGGGACUGUUCCAGAUGUGCGAGAACGAGCUUGUCAAUGGGGUUAGUAGGGAUGGUGGAUAUGCCGAAUACUGUACCCUUCGCAGCGAGGCUGCAGUGCGUAUUCCUGCCGAUGCAAACCCCGCCGAAUACGCUCCGCUACUCUGUGCUGGCGUUACAGUUUUCAAUGGCAUACGCAAGAUGAACAUCCAACAAGGUGACACUGUUGCCGUACAAGGGCUUGGUGGCCUAGGUCAUCUUGCACUACAAUACUCUCGCAAAAUGGGCUACCGUACCGUUGCUGUAUCCUCCUCGGACAACAAGAAGGACUUUGCUUUCCAGCUCGGAGCAACAGACUAUAUUGACACUUCGAAAGAGAGCGCAGCCGAGGCACUUCAAAAGAUGGGUGGCGCAAGUCUUAUCGUUGUUACGGCACCGAAUCCGCAGAUCAUAGGGCCAUUGGUCGAAGGACUAGGGUCUUUGGGAAAAUUGCUUGUUCUCGCGCCUGUAGGCGACAUACCUGUCAACACCGUGAGCUUGAUCAUGAAGGGCAAAUCGGUCCAUGGAUGGCCAUCAGGACACGCACUGGAUAGCGAAGAAGCAAUUGACUUCGCUGAGAAACAGGGUGUGAAGUGUAUGAUUGAGAAAUUCCCGUUCGACAAGGUGGAAGAUGCAGUUCAACACAUGGAAAGUGGAAAGGUGCGGUUUAGAAGCGUAAUCGUUAUGGAGUAG